AUGAAGUUUGACUCAACGGCUGCGGCUCUUUUGGGGCUCGCCAUUCAAACUGUUCGGGCUGUGUCAACGUUUUCACCAGCUAGGCCGCCGGCCAUACCUCUCGCAGUGAAGUCGCCAUAUCUGAACACCUGGUUGAAUGCAGGAAGCGACGGCGGCAACGGUGGCUACCUUGCUGGAGAAUGGGCGACGUUCUGGGAUCAAGGGAUCACAGCAUGGGUAGGACUCAUCCGUGUAGAUGGAGUUGCAUAUACUUGGAUGGGUGCUCCUCCCAACGCACCGCAAGUGGUAGAUCAAACAGACUUUUCGUAUACAUCUACCAGGAGCACAUUCAUAAUGAGCGUUGGUGGUAAGGUGGGAAUGAACAUCACUUUCUUGUCGCCUGUCACACCGAACGACCUUAGAAGACAGUCACUACAAUUCAGCUACCUUGAUGUUGCGGUGCAGUCGUUGGAUGGUGCCAGCCAUGACGUUGCUAUAUAUGCAGACGUUUCAGGAGAAUGGGCCUCUGGUGACCCAUCUGCAAUUGCUACUUGGGAUUAUAGCACUUCUGAUGGUGUACUAUACCACACAUUCCAAAGGCAGAACCAAGCAGAAGUAUCAGAAGUUCGCAACCAAGCCAGCUGGGGAACUUGGUAUUGGUCUACAGCUGAUACCACCGGUAUUACGUACCAAAGCGGUAUCGACGUUGACGUAAGGGCCAACUUCGCCAAUAACGGAAAACUGUCUAACACCAAAGACACCAACUAUCGUGCUAUUAACAGCCAAUGGCCCGUCUUUGCUUUUUCCAAGGACGUCGGUUCCGUCAAUGCAAACAGCAUUUCAACUCUCUUCACCCUUGGCUUGACCCAGGAUAACGCUAUCUCGUUCCUUGGUGAGAGCACCACCGUUUCGCUCGUGCCGUCCCUAGAGAAGAGUUACUUUUCCAAUGGCGUUGAUGCUAUGACGUUCUUCUACAAGGACUACGCGGAGGCCACUGGACUUGCUACAGACCUCGACAACAAGGUUGCUGCUGAUUCUCUGGCAGCUGCUGGUCAGAACUACUUGACUAUUACGAGUCUUAGUGUUCGCCAGACCUUUGGUGCUUUGCAAUUCACCAACACCGAAGCUGAACCUUUGAUCUUCCUCAAGGAGAUCAGCUCCAACAGUGAUAUUCAAACAGUCGAUGUGAUAUAUCCGGCAAUUCCAUUAAUCAUUUACUCCAAUCCAAAACUUCUGUCCUACUUGUUGGAUCCCCUUUUUAUCAACCAGGAGAACGGCCACUACCCUAAUACCAAUGCCAUCCACGACCUUGGAACCUUCCCUGUCGCAAGAGGCUACCCAGAUGGCUCCGACGAGCCUAUGCCACUUGAAGAAUGUGGCAACAUGAUUAUCAUGACCCUUGCCUACGCUCAGCGCGCCGAUGAUACCGCCUAUCUGACAAAGCACUACCCCAUCCUCAAGCAAUGGGCUGGCUAUCUCGUUGACGAAGCUCUUAUUCCCGCUAACCAGCUCUCCACUGAUGAUUUCGCCGGCACCCUCGCCAACCAGACCAACCUGGCGCUCAAGGGCAUCAUCGGCCUGCGCGCCAUGUCCGAGAUCGCCAAAUUGACGGGAAAUGCAGAUGAUGAGAAGACUUACGGCGAUAUUGCCACCUCGUAUAUCUCGAAGUGGCAGGACCUAGGUAUCAACAAGGCUGCCAACCCACCACACACUACCCUAUCGUACGGCGACGGCAACUCGCACGGUCUUCUCUACAACCUGUACGCCAACAGCUUGCUCGGCUUCGGCUCCGACUUCGUGCCCCAGUCCGUCUACGACAUGCAGAGCAACUUCUACCCGACCGUGGCCCUCGAGUACGGCGUGCCGCUUGACACGCGACACACGCAGACCAAGUCGGACUGGGAGAUGUUCGCCGCCGCCAUCGCGAGUGCCGAGACCCGCGACAUAUUCAUCUCCAAGCUGGCUCACUGGAUCAACGUCACUCCCACCAACCUGGGACUCACCGAUCUGUACGACGCCGGCACGGGCGACUUCCCCGGCCUUCAGUUCCACGCGCGCCCAGUCGUGGGUGGUCAUUUCGCCUUGCUCGCUCUGCCUUGA